ACAUUCGCACAUAUUACAAACAAAAUAAAAAAAAAUGUUAUUUUGUUAAAUUCGCACAGUUCGGGAAUAAUUUCCAAGCUAACCAAAAUUUAGGGUACACAUAUUAUUUUUAACGAUUUAUAUACCUAUAUAUAUUUUCAAAAUUUUCAAUGGACAUACCCAAUGAGACAGAGACAACGGCAAAGCCAGCGGAGCUUGUGGAGCAAGCGGAGGUGCUGCGUCCCGGAUUGUAUUAUCUGUCCACGAAUACGAAGACACCCUUUGUGGAACUCUAUGCGAGCUCUGUGCUGUCGGCGUGCUGCGCCGAAAUAUUCUGCUAUCCCUUGGACGUGCUGAAGACUCGCAUGCAGAUUCAGGGCGAGAUCGCCAGCAAAACGUAUUCCAAUAUCAAAUAUAGGGGCAUGUUUGGCACUGCCCUGGGCAUCAUCAAGGAGGAGGGCCUGCAUAAGCUCUAUGGCGGCUUUUCGGCCAUGGCGCUGCGCCACUCGAUCUAUACGGGCCUCAAAAUGUAUAUUUAUGAUGCGCUGCGCGAGGCUCUGAUCAUUGACAAAGAUGGCAAACCGAAACUGACAUUUUUGCGUGGUGCCAUCUGUGGCAUUGUCGCCGGCGCUGGCGGCACUCUUUUAACCUCGCCCACCGACCUGAUCAAGGUGCAAAUGCAAAUGGAGAGCAAACGGCGUUUAAUGGGUGAACCACCGAGAAUACACAAUGUAUACCAGGCACUCACAUCCACCUAUAAAGGGGGCGGGAUUGUGGCCCUGUGGAAGGGCACGGUGCCAAAUGCUUGGCGUGCCGGCCUCGUCACCUUAGGCGACGUUAGUUUUUAUGAUCUAAGUAAGCGCCAACUGAUGAACAUUUUGGACAUGCCCGAUAAUCUAUGGAUACAGUUUCUGGGUGCAAUGAUAGCAGGAUUUGCGGGAGCAGUGCUUAGCACGCCCGCAGAUGUGGUCAAGUCGCGUAUCAUGAACCAGCCAGUUGAUAAUACGGGCCGUGGCCUGCACUACAGUGGCACCAUGGACUGUUUCACGAAGCUGGUGCAGCAGGAGGGCUUUCUGGCCAUGUACAAGGGCUUUCUGCCGUAUUGGCUGCGCGUGGGACCCUGGACGUUAAUAUUUUGGCUAACCUUUGAGCAGAUCCGUAGUCUUCAUGGCGAUGCGGGUUAUUAGGGCCCAAUCAAGCUGUUUCUGAUAUUUGUGUUACAAGCACAAACACAAUCAAAUCGAAAAAUGUUGUUAUAUAAAUUUUGUAUUGUUCAGUAGAUAGAUAGUAAAAUAACCGACAACAAAAA